AUGAAACUCUCGCCGCAGACAGUGGAGACGCUCCAGGCCAACCAGGCCAACGUGCGCAACAUCUGUAUUUUGGCGCACGUGGACCACGGGAAAACGUCGCUCAGCGACUCGCUUUUGGCCACCAACGGCAUCAUCUCGCAGAGAAUGGCCGGCAAGGUGCGCUUCUUGGACUCCAGGGAGGACGAGCAGCUGCGGGGCAUCACCAUGGAGUCCUCGGCCAUCUCCCUCUACUUCAAGAUCUUGAGGCGCAAGGAAAACACCGAGGCCGUCGAGACGAACGAGUACUUGAUCAACUUGAUCGACUCGCCGGGCCACAUCGAUUUCUCGUCGGAAGUGUCGUCCGCGGCGCGGCUCUGUGACGGCGCGGUGGUCUUGGUGGACUCCGUGGAAGGCGUGAGCUCGCAAACAAUCAAUGUCUUGAGACAGUGCUGGGUCGACCGCAUCAAGCCGCUCCUCGUGGUCAACAAGAUCGACCGCUUGAUCACAGAGUGGCGCAUGACGCCGCUGGAGGCGUACCUGCACAUCUCCAAAAUCAUCGAGCAGGUCAACGUGGUCAUGGCGUCCUUCUUCUCCGGCGACAGGAUGCAAGACGACCUAAACUGGCGGGAAAGCGGCUCUCGGGAAGCCUACGUCGAGAGAUCCGACUCCGAUCUCUACUUUGCGCCGGAGAAAAACAACGUCAUCUUUGCCUCUGCCAUCGACGGCUGGGCGUUCUCCGUCAACACCUUUGCCAAGAUCUACCUGGCGAAGUUGGGCUUCUCCCAGUCCGUCUUGGCCAAGACGCUCUGGGGAGACUUCUACUUGGACAUGAAGAACAAGAAAAUUCUUCCGGGCUCCAAGUUGAAGCCCUCGCAGCUGUCUUUAAAACCCCUCUUUGUGUCGUUGAUCUUGGAGCAGAUAUGGAGCAUCUACGACGCUUGUGUCGUGGAGCGUGACGAGGAAAAGCUCCAGAAGAUCGUCGCCAAAUUGAAUGCCAGAGUCUCCCCCAGGGAUAUGCGUUCCAGCGACCACAAGAGCUUGCUCAAUGUGAUCAUGUCUCAGUGGAUUCCUCUCAGUCAUUCCCUUUUAGGCGCAGUCAUCGAGUACUUGCCCGGGCCGCAAAAAGCCCAGCAGGAUCGCAUGGAGAACACCUUAGACGAGGUCUUGUACAGUGCGAUCACUGAUCCCACGGUGGACAAAAACUCCCUCAUUGAGCCUGAUUUCAAGAGCGCCAUGGUCAACUGCGAGGUCUCCAACCCGGAUGUGCACACGUUGGCGUAUGUGUCCAAGAUGAUUUCUGUCCCUGAGAGUGAACUCCCCAAGGAAAUCGUGCAAAAGCUAAGUUCAGAAGAAGUCCUAGAGAAACAGAAGAAGGUAAGAGAGAAGGCCAGGCAGGCAGAAGUAGCGGCUGCUGCGGCUGCCUUGGAGGCCGCCAAAUUGGCUGACGGCGACGACAUCUAUCUAGAGACACGCCCUGACCAGUUCCAGUGGGAGUUUGAGGAUGACGAAGAUGCAGAGGCGGAAGAAGAGUUGGAGAAAGAAGUCUUGGUGGCGUUCACAAGAAUAUACGCCGGGGAGUUGUCCAAAGGCCAGAAAGUAUGUGUCGUGGGAGCCCGGUAUGACCCGUCCUUGCCCAAAACCCAUCCGACAAACCUCGAGCAGCUCAGGGAGGAUAUUGAAAUUGAAGACCUUCUUCUCCUAAUGGGCAGAGAGUUUGUGAGAGUCAACUCGGUGCCUGCUGGAAACAUUGUAGGCGUCGUUGGCCUCGGCGACUUUGUUUUGAAGAACGCCACCAUCAUGUCAGAAGUCCCUGAAGGCAAGCCGUACCUCAACAUGGCAUCAACAUCGACCUUGAUCCAUAACAAACCGAUUGUCAGUGUUGCCAUUGAGCCGCAAGACCCGUUCAAGUUGUUCAAAUUGGAAAAGGGGCUAGAUUUGCUUUCGAAAGCUGACCCAGUGUUGGAGUGGUACGUUGAUGACGAUUCUGGUGAGCUCAUUGUAUGUGUGGCGGGUGAGUUGCAUCUCGAAAGAUGCUUGAAUGACUUGCAAAAGCGGUUUGCUCCAGGUUGUGAUGUUACCAUCAAAGAACCGGUGAUUCCGUUCAGGGAAGGAUUGUCAUAUACCGACGAAGUCACCAAGAUUCCUGAGGAUGAUGCCUCGGAUGCAGAAGACGCAGAGGUAUCUCGCGAGGAGCUUGAUUUGCAACUCGAGGUGCAUCCAAUGAGCCCUGAACUCUGCAAGUUCUUGACUGAACACGAAAACGAGAUCAGGGAGGUGGUCGCUUUCAAGCUAAAAAACUCCACGAAAGAUGCCUCUGAGCAUUCCCUCGAGCUCCGUGAGAAGUUGAAGAAUGCUUUGCAAGAAACUGAGUUGGAUGCCAAAAUACUCGAAGUCUUUGGCACCAUCGACUCGUUUAUCGACCGUAUCAUCAGUUUCGGACCCAAGAGAAUAGGACCCAACUUCUUUGUUGAGGAACCGACCAAUGGCUCGCAGUUCAGACGAGUGUUUGGCGAAGAAAGUGAUGAGAAAUUCGAGUUCGAGAGCAACGUGUUGAGUGGAUACCAAUUAGCCAUGAACGACGGCCCACUUGCUUCCGAGCCAAUCCAGGGCACCAUCACGGUGUUGAAGAAAACAUACAAACCUGAAAGUGAGGAGCUUCUCCUCAACCUUGGCGGCCGUGUAUUGAAACGGACAAAGCAGCUCGUCCACACAUCGUUUCUCAAACGCUCGCCCAGGUUGUUCUUGGCAAUGUACACCUGCGAGAUCCAAACUUCGCCAGAAGUAUUAGGUAAGGUUUACGCUGUUGUGCAAAAGAGAGGAGGGUCUAUCAUAUCUGAGGAAUUGAAAGAGGGUACUCCCUUUUUCACAAUUGGAGCUAGAAUCCCUGUUGUCGAGGCAUUUGGGUUUUCCGAGGAAAUCAGAAAGAGGACUUCCGGUGCAGCCAGUCCGCAGUUGGUGUUUGACGGAUUCGACAUGUUGGACAUUGAUCCGUUCUGGAUCCCGCGCACAGAAGAGGAGUUGGAAGAGCUUGGAAAGUUUGAAGAGAGAGAAAAUGUGGGGCGCAGAUACAUGAACACCAUUAGAAGAAGAAAGGGGUUGUUUGUGGAUGAGAAAGUGGUGAAGAACGCCGAGAAGCAGCGAACGUUGAAGAGAGACUAG